ACUGGCAGAGAAGCUGUCAGUAACAAUGUAAAAAAAAAAAAUAUAUAUAUAUAUAUAUAUAUAUAUAAUACACUGUAUGUACAGUACUAAUACCAGUUUGUACUGUACAAAUGUUGUACUUUGGUGUUUUAUUUCUAUUUUUAUUUAGCCCUCUCAUGGAUUUUCGCAACCUUCACAAACAUUAAAAAGUAGUAUUGUAACACAACUUUGUACUGUACAUUUUAACCAUCUUGGUGAUAAAUACUGGUCUGGGCGGCACGGUGUACAACUGGUUAGCACAUCCGCCUCACAGUUCUGAGGGGGUUCAAAUCCCAGCCCCGCCUGUGUGGAGUUUGCAUGUUCUCCGGGUACUCUGGUUUCCUCCCACGUCCGUGCAUGGUUGGUUGAUUGAAGACUCUAAAUUGCCCUUAGGUGAGAAUGUGAGUGGGAAUGGUUGUUUGUUUAUAUGUGCCCUGCGAUUGGCUGGCGUCCAGUUUGGGUGUACCCCGCCUCUCGCCCGAAAAUACCUGGGAUAGGCUCCAGCCCCCGACCUUUGUGCGGAUAAGUUGCACGGAAGAUGAAUGAAUGAAUAAAUGUACUGGUCUGGCCCACAUGACAUCGAAUUAGGGCGUAUGUGGCCCCUGAACUAAAAUGAGUUUGACAGCCCUGUAGGGGACUUAUAAAGGAGAUAAAAGAGUUUUUUUAUUAUUAUUAUUUAUAUACAUGUAAAAAAUUAAUAGUUCUAACUAUAUAUACAGUUCACAUAUACAUGUAUUAUAUGAUUAUAGUAACUUUGUAGGCUACUGAAUAUGCUUAUUACCUUGGUGAUUUGUAGCCCUUCCAGGACCUUUCCGUGUCCAAAAAAAUAAAACGUACAAACUUGUACGGUAUUGUACAUUUUCAUGACAAUACUGUGUGUGCGUGUGUUUAUUUUUUUUUAACCCUUCGAGGACCUUUCCCGCCUGUCCCAAAGAAGGCGGUUGUAUAGCUGUAGUUGACGUUGUCGAAGUGUAUCGGCUAAAUUUGGACUUGCUGACCAUAUUUCACUUUAACAAUGGGUUGUCUCAGACAAAUUGUGGUUGAAAACUUCAAGACGUGGCGAGGAAAGCAAGUUAUUGGUCCAUUCAUGGAGUUUAACUGCAUAAUUGGCCCCAAUGGCUCUGGUAAGUCCAACGUGAUGGACGCCAUUAGCUUCGCCAUGGGGGAGCGGGCGAGCUCUCUGCGGGUGAAGCACCUCAGUGACCUGAUCCACGGAGCCCACGUCGGGCAGCCAGUGUCAGACAGGACCUAUGUCGCCAUGUUCUAUCGCCACGACCAGGACCAGGAGAUCGUCUUCUCUCGGAGCUUCUCAGAUGACUCCUCUGAGUAUCUCAUCAAUGGCAACCAAGUUACUUUCAACCACUACACAGAGGAGCUCGCCAAGAUCAGCAUCAUCACAAAAGCUCAAAACUGUCUCGUGUUCCAGGGAGCAGUGGAGUCCAUUGCUUUAAGGAACCCUAAAGAGCGCACCAAGCUGUUUGAGCUUAUCAGUCAAUCCAAGGAGUUUGCGGACGAGUACAGCCAGAAGAAGCAAGCCAUGCAGAAGGCCAAGGAGGACAUGCAUUUUCAGUUCAACAAGAAGAAGUCAGCAGCUGUUGAGAAAAAGCAGAUCUCUAAUGACAAAUUAGAGGCUCAGAAGUACCAGGGCCUGGUGGAUUACAUUCAACAAAAACGUGUGCAGCUGAGCCUGGCGGAGCUCUAUUAUAAUGAGAAGGCCAUUGAGAGUACCAGCAACACUCUGAGCGAGAAGCAGGGGGCUGCCGCCGCUCAGAACGCUUCUCUGCAGGACUGGGAGCAGACGGUGAAAACCCUCAAGAAGGAGCAUGGACGCCUCAUCAGGGAGCAACAGCACUUGGAGAAAGAGAUCCGCUCCCAGGAGCACGUCCUGUCCCAGUCCCGCUCUCACUUCAUCAGAGCCAAGGUAAACACCUCCCAUCAUCUCAAGAAGAUGGAUGGGCUUCGAGCGUUGGCGACAAAGAGCCAGAAAGUCUUGGCCCGGAUAGAGCAGGAGCUUGCCGAGGCCCGGCGGGAGAAAGAGGACCUGAAGAAGACCUGGCAGGUCUAUGAGGGACAAUUUCUGGAGCAGAGAAUGUCCCAGGGCAGGGAUGUCGAACUGGAUGAGAGCCAGCGAGAGCACUACAAAGAGCUUAAGGAGUUUGCCAGGAAGCAGAGCGCGGUGCUGUGUCUGGAAGCCGAGAAGAUGCACAGGGAUGUCAAGGCAGACUACGAUCAGAUGGCGUUUGACCAGCGCAAACGGAAGGACGUGGAGGCUGGCAUCCAGAACAACAAGAUGCAGUUGGCUGAUUUGACCCGCAGAGCAGAGAAACUUGAGGAGUACAUCAAGGCCUGCAAGUCAACCCUGGACGAGUUCCAUCAGAAGAAGGAGAGCUUGCAAGCAGAGUUGCAGGAUGGCAGAGAGCGCACCGCUCAGGUGAACGAGGAGCUGAACCAGGUGCUAGAGCAGCUGGGGGAUGCCCGCCUGCACAGCCAGGAGAGCAAACGUCAGCUGCAGCGCAAAGAGAUACUGGACAAGAUGCAUAGGCUCUUCCCUGACAUGGUGUAUGGCCGCCUGUGUGACUUGUGCAGCCCUAUCCAUAAGAGGUAUCAGAUGGCUGUCACCAAGGUGUUUGGCCACUUCUUGAAGGCCAUCGUGGUGUCGACAGAGAAGGUGGCCCAGGCCUGCAUCAAAUUCCUCAAGGAGGAGCGGGCUGAGCCUGAGACCUUCCUACCUGUCCACUACUUGGAUGUGAGUCCCCUGAACGAGCGACUGAGGGAGAUACCGGGCGCCAAGAUGGUGGUGGACGUUGUGCUCAUCAAUGCAGCCACAAACAUACCACAGCUGAAGAGAGUGGUGCAGUUUGUGUGCGGCAACACGCUGGUGUGUGAGACCAUUAAAGAGGCCAAGAGCAUCGCCUUUGAUGGGAAGGAGCGCUUUAAGACCGUAUCUCUGGACGGGACCCUGUUUUCAAAGUCCGGUGUGAUCUCUGGAGGCUCCAGUGACCUGCGCACCAAAGCUCGCUGCUGGGAUGACAAGGAUGUCACAAGGCUGAAGUAUAAAAAAGAUGAGUUGACUGAUGAGCUACGUGAUCUGAUGAGGCUCAAGCGGAAGGAGUCGGCCCUUAAUCAAAUAAUUGCACAGGCUAAGGGUGCACAGACCCGGCUGAAAUAUUCCAAAAAUGAUCUGGAUAACCUAGGGAAGAAAACCAUCACUAAAUGUCUAGGGGACAUUUCUCGUAUGGAGAGUGAAAUGGCCAACCUGGACUCCCAGAUCCGGAUGCAGCUGGAAAAUGUGGAGGCUAAGGAAGCUGUAAUGAAGAACCUCAAAGGCCAGAUAGAGCAGACAGAGGACAUGGUCUUUACUGACUUUUGUGCUGAGAUCGGUGUGGACAAUAUCAGAAUGUAUGAGCAGGAGCAGUUGAAACAUCAGGAAGAGCACGACAGGAAGGGCUUGGAGUUGGAGAACCAGUGUACUCGCUUGAAUGCCAAGCUUGAGUAUGAACAAGAGCAACUAGAGAAGCACAAGAAGCAGCUCAGUGAAAUACAGGCCUCCAUCGACAAGGAAGAAAGCAACAUGGCUGAGAAAAGAAAGGAGGAGGAGAAGCUGCUGAUGGCCGUUGAAAAAAAUGACAACAAACUACAGGAGAUGAAGCACCAGCUACUGGCAAAGAAAAGGCAGGUAGCAUCUGCCAAAAGUGAGCUGGAUGAGAAAAUCCUACGCCUCCAAGAGAUUAACAGAGACUUGGUAAAACUUCAGCGAGAGAUAAUGCAUGCCGAGAGCAUCUUGGAGCAGAAACGUUUAACCCGACACAACUUGCUACUGGCCUGCAAGAUAGAGGGCCUACCAAUCAUUUUGCUCUCAGGUGACCUGAAUGAAAUCAGCCAAGUGGAGCUGGACGAAGGGUCUGAAAGUACUUCAACCACAAUGCAUAUUUUUGAGAGGGAAGCCCAGCUCGUUAUUGACUACUCUUGCCUGGAAGCUGAGAACAGGAAUUUACCUCCAGAGGAGGUGGACAACUAUCUGGAGAGGCUGAAGGAGUCCCUUCAUGCUGUAGAGGAACAGCUGAAACACACAGCCACGCCCAACUUAAAAGCUCUGGAAAAGCUCAGGGAGGUGAAGGACAAACUACAAGACGUGACAGAUGCCUUCAAAGCCUGCGCCAUCGCCACCAGAAAAUGCGAACAAGAGUUUGAAGAAGUUCAAACUAAGCGCUUACAACUCUUCAGCCAGUGCUUCAAUCAUGUGUCUGGUGUCAUUGACAGCAUAUACAAGAGAAUAUGCCGGGACAACAGCGCCCAGGCCAUUCUGUCUGCUGACAAUCCGGAGGAGCCAUAUCUAGGUGGCAUCAACUACAGCUGUGUGGCUCCUGGGAAGCGCUAUAUGUCCAUGGAAAAUCUGUCAGGCGGGGAGAAGGCCAUUGCCUCCCUGGCUUUGGUGUUUGCCAUCUACAGUUUCCGUCCUGCUCCAUUUUUGAUUUUGGACGAGGUGGAUGCCGCCCUGGACAACACCAACAUUGGGAAGGUGACCAACUUCAUCAGGGAGGAAUCUAGAAAGAAAAUGCAGGUGAUCGCCAUCUCCCUGAAGGAAGAAUUUUUCUCCAAGGCCGACGCCCUGUUGGGAGUUUACCCAGACUUUGAUGUCUGUAUGUUCAGUCGCAUCCUGACAUUGGACCUGCGUCCCUUUCCUGACCCGGAGGACAACAGCGGAACACCUGCGAGGGACAGGGCCAGAGAGGACAACAUGCAAAAGUAGCUCUGGAUCACUUGCAUUGGCUUCAUUGUUGUAGUGGUCUUUUUCAUUUAAAAAAAAUAUUAUAAUAAUAAUCUCAAUUGUAUUUCCCAGCCACUUUUGAGUUUAAAUGUACCUGUAUUAGAAGCCUUUGAGGGAGUGUUUUUUAUUUUAUUUUUUAUACUCCAAAUCGCUGUUUCUCUUCUAUGAGAUGUGUAUUAGUGUGUUCCAAGCUUCUGUGUGUUUUAAUGGCGUUAAACUACUUGAACUAUUGGCGCGCAUUCAUUCAAUCGCCCGUUUCCAUUGGGUGUGUUUUGGCUUCAAUUGGCCUAAUGGGCAUAAGUGGCCUAUUCAUCUGGUUGACCACGCAAACAGAAAAAGGUCCCAAAUGUUUGUAACGUUGUGCAGUUUGCACCUAGUGAUUAUUAUUAGGUUGUAGUUCUUGUACAGCCAAUAAAGGAUUCGUUCAACCUGG